AUGCAGAGACAAUGGUUUGUUAUAACUAUUCUUAGUUUACUUUAUGAUACCACUUUUACUACACACACAGAGAUAAAAAACAAAGAUUAUAAAAUUAAACAAUUAGAAAAAAUUAAAGACGAGCUGUAUGUAAAAAUCAAUGAAGCAAUAGAUGAUAGCGUUAAAGUUCUCGAAAAAAAUAAUGACACAGACUCAUUAUUGACAGUGACUAAUAUGAAAGAAUUAAAAAAACAAAUCGACGAACUCAACUCUACUAUUGGUGUAGAUAAUAUUACGAUACCCGAAGAUCCGUUUAAAGGAAUUGUUGAAAUACACGACGAUACAUUUUCAGAUAUAGAAAUACGGAAAAGAAAGAAUAUAUCAGAUGUCAGACGGGCAAGUGCAUAUGGUGCUAUUGCUAGUAGUCAAAAUCAUAAAUUACAAAUUGAUAUGAAGGAAAUACUAGAUUUAAUAAAAACUAAGGAACUGUUUUUUACAAAAGAGAAAGGAAUCAAGGAGUCAAAACAUGACUUAGAAGUAAAAAAGAAAGCAGAGGAAUGGAUAGAGCAAACGAAGAGGGAGAGGGAAAAGAUUAAAAAGUAUAAAGAUGAAAUAGAGAGAUAUGGUACAGAGACGUGUCCGAAUUUUGGUUUGAAAAAGAGAAAGAAGAAAAAGUCGACAAGGAGAAAAAGGAAGAGUAAAAAAUCGAAAAAGUCAAAGAAAAGGGAUAGAAAAUACCCUUGUUGUAGAAAGUGUUGCAAGAAAUCUUAUUUGGGAUGUUUGUAA